AUGAAAGGUGGAAGUGCCACCAAGAUCCUGCUGGAAGCCUUGCUACUGGCCGCCCUUAAGACUGUGGACCAAGGCAUCGCAGCCUCUCAGAGGCAGGAGAGCACAGUCAGAGUCAGGCAGGGAGAGGGUGCCUCCGGCUUUCUCACUGGUGAUCCCAGUGACAUGUUUAACCAGAGGACGGAGCUCCUCCACCAGGGUCCCCAGUUCUCCUUCUCCCAAGAGGACCUCCUGACGUGCAUCUUGCCAUCCCUCACAGAAAUCGACACCGUGGUCUUCAUUUUCACCCUGGAUGACAACCUCACGGAGGUGCAGGCGCUGGUGGAGCAGGUGAAGGAGAAGACGGCCCACAUCCAGGCCCUGGCGCAUAGCACCGUGGGGCAGACCCUGCCGACCCCUCUGAGGAAGCUCUUCCCCAUCAUCAGCAUCACGUGGCCACUGCUUUUCUUCGAAUACGAAGGGAACUUCAUCCAGAAGUUCCAGCAUGAGCUAAGCACCAAGUGGGUGCUGAAUACCGUGAGUACGGGGACCCACGUGCUUCUUGGGAAGAUCCUCCAAAACCACAUGUUAGACCUGCGCAUUCGCAACUCCAAGCUCUUCUGGAGGGCGCUGGCCAUGCUGCAGCGGUUCUCUGGACAGCUCAAGGCUCGAUGCCCCAAGGCUCCAUGCAUCGAGACCCUCCUGCAGGUGAUCCACUUCCCCCAGCCGUCGGAUGACAUUCGGGCUGCUCCCAUCUUCCACAUCCAGCUCGCACACGAGAAGGAGCAGGUGAUCCCAGCAGCCCUGCAGAACCUCCUAUGUCGGUGCUCCAUCCCUGAGGCGCAGGCGCGGCUGGCUGCCGCUCCGUCCGUCUGUGAGGCUGUCCGGAGCGCCCUCUCUGCGCCAGGUCGGAAGCGCAGCGCGGACCCCCUGGAAGCCCCAGAGCCUACCCCGCUGUGAACUGGUAUUUCUAGGCGGGUGAAGCCCUUAGAGGCAUGGUGGGCUCACAGCACGGGAGUAAGAGGAGAGGCCCAGUUCCCGGGGCCACCCGCAGCGGAGGGUGGGGGGGGA